AAGAAAAACGACUGGAUGUUUUUUUCCAGAAGGAAAACGACGACAGCCAACGCCACUAGAUUCCUGGGCCGUCCACCGGAAACUGCCAGGGUGGACAAGAAGUUGCUUCUUCAUAUUUGAGAAGCGCUUUGUCUAUUUGUUAUCAGCAGAGAACAACGGCCACCCGUGGCAGAUGGCGAAGAGCUUUCUAUGAAUCGUAUUUGCGAAUUCUGGAAAUCCUUCUCGUCCGCUGGAUCACCCGAUUUCGGCGUGUGCUGGGGUCGUCGGCGUUGUUGACCCCAGAGGCAUGCAAGUCACGGCAAAGACACAGCACACCCAUGAUUUUCUCGUUCCUCUCUCGCCCUUUCGCGACCGAUUUUACGCCGUCAGGCGAAUUUUGCAAGCCAUACGGAUUCUCUUUACCGUUCAACCGGUUUGGCGUAUUCAAUUUUUGUCGAGGACUGCUCCGCCACACAACCAGUGCAGUGGUGCGAGUUUCCUUCUUUUUGGGCGCUUUCCCAGCUUCAUGUUGUUUUUCUCCUGUGUUCUGAAACAGGCAGGCCUUGGGCCGUGGUCUUUGUGCGUCUUUGACUCCACUUUCGAUUUAUUCCCCCGUCCAGCCGCAAAUGGCCGCAGACGUCAGGUUUCGGCUGGCGACUAGAGGAGGCAGCAUUCACGGCCGCCAGGUCAUGGAAGCGCGGUUGCUCCCUGGGGUUCCAACCACGUGCUUGCUCGGAAUCGUUUCCAGGUGUCCUUCGCUCCAACUUUUUCGUCCAUGUAGUGUGUGAGUGCAUUUCGGUUACUUCCACCCGUUUGUUUGAUUGUCGCACAUGUUUCAGGGCUUCCUCGCUCAGCUGCCCUGCCUGUGGAUGAGGGCGCCCUGUAACGUUCGCCUUUCGACUUCCGACAAAGCUACAUUUUUGCCUGUUUUAUAAGCAUCACCAAAACCGCACAUAGUCACGCAUGUCGUGCUGAGGGGCGCAAAGAGCAGCCGUGACCAGCACAAGCUUCUCCUGUUCUGUCCGUGAGCGAUCUCUACCUCGAUUGUCGACUUCUCUUGCCCUCUUUUUCGUCAAUGAGUUUUUCCCGUCUUCGCCCCAUCGUCUCGCUUUUCAUCUCCCGUUUUAUUCCUGCCGCUUUCCAGCGCACACCACGGUUUCUCCCCGGAGAAUUUUCACUGAAUGAAGUUCUGACACUUCGAGUAGCGGGUGGCUGAGGUGUGCUUGCCACCCCAGUCCGUACCUCUUUGAGAUUUCCCGAACCCCGUCAGCUGGCGUUUUUGCCGUGGCAUUUGUAUUGAACGCCCUUUCGUGUUUGUUUCGCGGGCACAAAAAACGAGCUUGAGAAAAAUCUUUUGCGCUAACAAAGGGGGUUCAACGCGUCCGUCACGUCGGGACAUCCAGACCUGUGACAAGCUGCAGGCUAUGUCCACUCCCAGCCGCCGCCCUCGGGUGUUCGACCCGCCGAGUCGAGCGAGAAGGUGAGUUGAUUUCUUUUUCUUUUCUAGGACUUUUCGCGUAACGUCUUGGCCGUUCUGUGGCAUUCAAAGACGGUUCGCGGAUCACUCUAGAUCGUGCUUGAAAUCGCUUCCCGCUACGUCCCUUCCAAGUGGCAUGUCUGAACUCGUGGAAUCUGUGAACUCUCGCCGCGGGUCCCGAGACCUCCAGAGCCGGUUCCACGUACCACGGAUUCCUGUUGUGGCUGAAGAGUUCGCGGCGACGAGCUCACACCAAAGUCGCCUGGAGGCUGAGUUUUUUCUCGGUCGGAUAGUUCCAUCGGACCAACAGCCGAUGUUGAUAAGAUUGCUCCCUUUUGAGAGUGAUGGGCGUUUGCCGUUCCCCACGAACAAAUGAGGAUAGAAGGCGACUUCAGCGCCAGUACAAAAUGUCCUGCGGGGUUGCUCGAACAAGUGGACAUACACCAUGGCCGUGUGUGGCUUGGUGCUUGCGGCCUUUGGAAGUUCCUCUCGACUUUCCAUGGUUCUCGCGGAGUUUCUGUAUCCCUUUUUCUGUCGCAUGUGGAACACUCCGUACUGACGGCUGAAGUUCAGUUUGUACCACUCUUUCAAGAUCUUCGAAACGCCGACGCGUCCCUGCGUUUCGCGUUUGCGCCUCGCCUCGUGCUGGGUCGCGAUAUGCUCUGUAGAUCGCGUGGUUACUGGUCAUUGAGGCCGUCGUUACGGCCAAAAGCGAAGGUGUUUAGCCUGGAGGCUGGCGCCUCUUUUCAACUCGGAUUUUGAUGGAGAUGGGUUCUGACUUUCUGUAUCGUCGAAGUCAGCUAGACAAGAAGCCAGUGCUGCUAACCGAAGACUCGCUGGUUGAACUGCCACCGGAGAGUUUUCAAAAUCGUUCAUCAAGCAGGGCUUCCACUUGUCACUACCAGAGUCGCGUUCACCGGCCUUUUGCCCGCGACUGCAUGCCUUUGUCGGGUAUCUGUCAGACACCGCGUUUCGAGUGCAGUUUCACUUUCUUCUCCAGAAAAAAGCGUCAGAUUUCAACACUGCGUCCGGGCACAGCUGUUGCGUCUGUGGCUCUCUAGAUGGUAGCUGUUGAAGAAACAUAACUCGUCUUCAGAGGGAACACUUCGAGUUACGAACUGCUGGCCAAUUCGCAUGUGGAAGACCUCGUGAAAGGUACUGACGCGACUGUUGUCUUGUGGACGAACCUGUCUCUCACUGCCGCGAUGUGAAACCCUGCCUGAAUACUCUCCCCCAUGUAUGCAUAUAUAUAUAAAUAUAUAUAUAUAUAUAUAACUAUAUAUAUACUUCGAUAUAAACAUGUAUGUGUAUGCAUGUGUGCGUGCGUUUUUGCCGCUGCUGACUUGCCUUGAGACUGGGGUGAAUCUCUGAGUUCCUGAUGUCCGUCUGUGGCGCGUAUUUGCUUCUUCUUCUUUGCAUCUCUGCGUUGUGUAGAGCGUACGAACGCCACCGACGAGAGCUCGCUGAAUUUGCCGUCAGCCGCCAACAGCAACAGGUGAGUUUCUGAAGACGAAGAGUGGAUCGAAAGGAUGGCGUACAUCCGAGCACUGCAGAGUCCAUGGUGCGCCUUUGCGUGGAGCGUGUGACAAAGAACUAGAAAAAGGAUCUUGUGUCGCGCGAGCCUGCUCGAUGAAGUUAGAAACAAUCUGCGAAACAGGGUCCUUCACAAAGAGACUUCCUGACGUAGAAGUUGCCGCACAAGAUGGUGUCUGUCCACGGUUCCCUUUUCAAUGUCCGUGUUUAUAAAGAGGUUGGGAGAGAGAGAAACUCCCUACACAAAAAACAAAAUAUAUACAUAUAUACAUAUAUAUAUAUAUAUUUGUGUUUUGUGUGGAGUUCCUUUCUUCCUGAUGUGGACACACUGGCGUUUUGUGACUGGAUGUUUGGGUGCAGUUGACGGAACUCUUUACAAUUCGAUUCGUGCGUACUUGCUGACCGCAGUCGGAGCGGCCUUGGUUGCGCGUUUUUGACCCUUUCGUCUCCUCCGUUUUCUCUUUGUCACUGCGUGCUCGCAGCCCCCGGAGCCUCUGGUGAAGCGCCUGACGACUUUCCAGCUGUUGAAAGAGAACGCGAAGGAGGAAGACCGGAAGGAGAAAUUCAGGGUGAGCAUGCGUUCUCAAGGGGAAGCAGGUUCCAGAGGUGUGUAUGUGUAGAUGAGACUAGAGACGGAGACCGGGUCUGGACUGUGCGACAAGGCCUGGCACAAAUGUGGCGGGGGCUGUUUGUCGAAGGUGCGACAGGCAGUUGCGCGUUCAUGCAAAUUUCAUCAGAUACACGCCGCAUUUGUGGAUCUAAAAAGCGCGUUGAUCCUGUCUAAAUAUCGUCGAUCUCUCACACCUGUACCACCCACGAAGACACCUCUCUGUACGUAUCUAUGAUUGUCUACGUAUAUAUGUAGUGGCAUCUCUCUUUACGUCUGCGUCUGUGAUUGAGUGCUCCGUGCGCCGGCAAGAAAUGGCUUUUCGAGAUUGUGGACUUGAACGGCUUUCAACCAGUGUCUUUGCCGAGCCACUGUGUGGGGAGGUGACGUCGGGAGGAGUGGCGUCUGCGCGGUAUGUCCAUUGAACUGCAUGCGCAUUCUGGGGAGGCGUUCGAAGCUGGCUUUCGAAGCUGUUGUCUUGCGUUUGUCUCUUCAGACAGAGUUCGCACCUCUCCGCCGUCGGCCUCCUCUCCUUCUUCCUCCUCUUCUUCGUCUCUCUCUUCUCCCUCUUCGUCUCCACCCGGUUCUUCCUCGCCAUCAUCGUCUUCUUCGCGUUCCGUUGCUUCGCUGUUUGCGCCUGUGCCGGGUGCGAGCGACGGGGUGACUUUGCCCUCGCAGCGCAUCGAGCCGCGCAAGGAUUUCGUGGUGGAGACUCCCGACCCUGCAGCGCUGGCCAACGCGUCGUUCGCGUCCUGUCCCUUUGCCGCGAGUCCGUUUGCGUACCUGCGUCUCCCGCCGUUCCCGAUGCAUCCAGUUUCGGAGGCUCUGCCCUGCCUCGCGGACGAAGCCGGCGCGUCGCCUGGCCGGGUCGCGGCUUCUCCCGCGCCUCGGCCUUCGCGCGAGGCACCAAGAGCGAAGGCGAGGCGAGCGCUGUCCAGAGACACCUCGCGAGAAAAUGUGCACUCGAGGCGAAUGGUCUUCGCGACUCCGUGUCUAGAAGUCGUUUACGGGAGCGCAACUCGCAAGGGGCUGUUCCACGACAACGAAGAUCGCGUAAGCAUCGCGUACUGGGGCGGCGUCUCUGGACAGACGCUCCUCUCUUCCGUCGCUUCCGCGUCGUCGCCCUCGUCCUUCUCCCACCAGUCCUCCAUUUCCGAAGGGGAUGCAUGCGCAGCUUCUCGCGGCCUGGAAAGGCGAGACAAGUCGCGACCGUGGGGUCGCGCGUCCGACGAAGGCCUGGAAGCGAAGCGGGAGGUCCCCGAAGAGCGGGAGAGACACCUGCUUACCAACUCGCGAGGCGAGCGCGGCUUUGCUGGGAGUUGCGUCGCCCCGUCAUCGGUCUCCUCAACGCAUGCGUCUUCUUCCGCCUCCUCCGGGGGACUCUUUGGGGGGGCUUCUGGGGACUCGGAAGUCGAACGAGGCGUACCGCAGACGCCCCCCGAACCUGCGCGUUUGACGCGAAGCGACUCUUCCGGCCUCUCGCGUCUGCAGACGCUGCGCAUGCGUUUGCGAGGAGGCAGGGUCAGAUCUGUGGAGCGUGAGGACUCCACUGAGGUGCGUCCCCCGCCGGAGAGCUCUUCAGAGACUUCAGAUGAUGCGUUCGCGGGGCGCGCGCGACGUCAGAGUGACUCGGAGGACGAAGAGCUCGCCCUGCUCAAAGUCGCCUCUGUCUCUCAGGCGUACAGAGUCGAGGAGGAGAAGCGUCUUCGGCGCGCCAACAAGCUCCAGAAAAUCUCCAGCCGUAAGCCUGGGUACGACAAGGAUCGUCUGUGUAAGCGAAAUGCCCCCUCGAGUUUCUGCAGCUUCUCUGACCUCGAACAAGACGAGGGGGACGCGACAACGGGGCCGGAGCCGAGCAGUCGCGCGGCCGCUCCUUGGGAGUGUCCAUGCUUUGUCACCCCCAAGGGGAGAGUGCUGUCUCAGAAGCUACCGGCGAAACGUACUGGAGACUUGCUCGUGGAAAUGCCGUUUGUCAGCGCCAAGAAGACGCGCCCCUGUCACCGGCCAGCGCUGCGCGAGGCAGAGCUUUGGCACGACAAAGGCAAGAAGAAAGUUCAAGGGUGGGGAUACACCUCCCGCUUUCCAGUUCACGAGACGGCAGCCCCAAGCGUCGAGGGCGGCGAGGUCGCGGCGCCGCUCCCAGCCUGCUUGGCUUCGCUCCCGAGGUCGCGCAUGCAUUCUGAGAGAAACCCGUCCACGGGGAAGAAGGAGAAGCUGCCGGGUCCGGAGAAGAAGCAUCUGUUCUUCCGGAGACUUCACUCCAGGGGCGAGCGAGAGACAGGAACGCAAAGCCCAGAGAGAGAAAAGGAGCAAAAAAGAGAGCAAACGUACCAGAAUCCCAGCGAGGCCGAGAACUCUGGAGUGGCUUUUCCGAGAGAUCUGCAAAAGCUGAGCAGCGUCCAGAGCGCGUCGUCAACUGGCGCGUCGCGUUGCGUCGAACGAGAAUCGUCUCUGACGUUGAGACACGCCCCAACUUUCCUCUUCACUGUCUGCGACGGCCAUGAUGGCCCCAGCGCCGCGGUCUACGCCGCGCUCGAGCUCCCGAGGCUCCUCUGCUCCCAGGCAGGCCGUGAAGGGCUGCACGGGGAGCUUCUAGGCGAGGUAGCUUUCCCUUGCAUGCAGGCGGAAGGGCAGGCCGGCGAUGUUGCUGCUGGGGCGCGCCUCCGCGCUAGUGAUGAGGGUCGGCCUGCGAGACUCGGACGCAAGGGUGCGUCGCUCCAAGACGCCAACGAUUUCGGCAUCGACUGGGGACAGAGUCAAGACAACGAUAAAAACGACGUCUUCAAGGAGGUCUUCCAUGAGCUCGACGACAACUUCAGGCUCGAGUGCAAGCGAAUGGCGGCGAAGACGGGGCUCACUUGUACCAGCGGUGCAUGUGUGUCGUCUGUGAUGGUCCGCCGCAACGAGCUGAUUUCUCAGAGUGUCGGCGACUGCCGCGUUGCUUUGCUGAGCAUCGACCUCGACGCAGGAGCGCGCAUGUACAGAGAGGCGCUGCUCUUUGGCUCUUCCUCGGACGACCUCAUGGACGUCAGAGAUCCCGGAGACUUCUUGAGCAUUCAGGUCGCCUCCUCCGAAGACGAACAGGAUCUGUGUCCUGAGCAGCAGGCGCAGAACAUACGCCACCAGAGAACGCAAGAGGCGACGGCGAAAGAGGAGCGCAGUCGACAGGGAGAGAGAACAGCCGGAGAACUAGCCGGACAGAGAGUCGAAGAGGAGAGAAGAGCGGAACUCAAAGAGGCGCCGGAGAAAGAGGAGGCGAUGACUGUGUGCAGACGCGCAGAGAUGAGGCGAGGCAGUGAAGGGCUGGAGGGGACAGAGGGAGAGAGAGAGGGGGGGAGAACAGAAGAUAGCAAAGUGGCAGAGGUUUCUUCUCCGGGUCUCGCUGAGAAAACGAGUGAGGGAGAAGCGCGACGCGGACCGCAGUCUCUCUCGGCGGGCAUUUCAGGGGGAGAAACCGAGGCAGAGGCAAAGAACGAUGCCAGGGCCGCACCCGACCCGUCGUACUGUCCUGCCGAAGGAGCUACGACAGGCAUGUCCAGUGAGCGGUGGUCACUGGGGCAAAACGCGCCUCGUCAGUUUCUCUCGUCUCCCUCUGAGGGCACUUGGCCUUCAGGACGUGGAGAGCGCUUUCCUGUUGAUGAAGCGCGUGCGUCUCCGCGCAAGGCCUCAGACACCCAAGAAGACUUUGAUGACGACAUUCCUACAGAGACUCAGUUGGAUUCGCUGCCGGCAGUGUCCUCGGAGACCGAGAAAGGCCCUGCGGCGUCCGACGAUGCGACUUCAGUGGCUUCGUCUCGCUCUUCUGACAGUGUCCCCUACGUAGCGCGUUCUCCUUCGGUCUCCGCUGGGACUCGACCUCACGCGGGAGAACACACAGACACAUCACCCAUCUCAUCUGCCGUCUCAGCACCUUCCCCGUCUUCAUUGCCAUUGGUUUUUUCUCCCCAACCUUCAGUUUCAUCUUCGUCCUUGCCUUUAUCGUCCUCUUCCUUAGCUCGAGUCUCUUCUUCUCCCCAACCUUCAGCUUCUUCUGCCUCCUUGCCGUUGUCUUCUUCUCGCCAGAGUGGGGAGGCGCUUGGGAGUUCGGGCGCUGCCUCUUCGGAGUCGUCGCGGGAGCGUCAAGGGAAGUUGCGUCUGCGGCACCCGCGCCAGAGGAAGCCGUUUCUUCUUCAGGUUCUGCAUGCCGAGCAUCGCUGCCACAAUCCGAGAGAGCUGGCCAGGGUCCAGCGCGCAGGCGGGAGCAUUUUUGCGGGGCGUGUAGGAGGCGUCCUAGAGCCUUCGCGGUCAGUCGGAGACUUCGAUGUAAAAGACGCACAGCCUCCCGGCGUACUUAUCGCAACUCCGGAGGUUUGUCGUGUGAAGGUGAGGAAGCCGACGCUCGUGCUCCUGGGCACCGACGGGGUCUGGGACAUGCUCUGUUCGGCAGACGUCCUCGCCUGUGUGAAGAAAGUGACUCAGUUCUGGCAGCUUCUUCUCGCGGCGUUUCGCGAACGAAUGGAAGAGCUGCAGGAAGAAGCGACAGAAAAGCAAGAAAACGAAAAAGAACGAGGGGAAGGAGACCAAGUGCGGGAGUCUUCUGGGAACGGCAAGGGCGUCGCAGGGCGUGAUGUGGGGUGCGGGGGAAAGGAGACGCCUUGUGGACCUGAGAGAGAGGAGAGGCGCCAACGGCUGAAGACCGGUGUGAAAGCAGACGUCCUUUCUCGGAUUUCAGAGGAAUUAAUCAAAGUGGCAAGACGCAGAGGAAGCGACGACGACGCCACCUGUCUCGCGGUCUUCCUCAACCCUGCGCCCGCAGACUCUGAGGAGACACCUGUCUCCGAGACGGCUGGACGCACGUGUCUCCCCCUCUUCUCUGGCGGAGGGACAGGCCGUCGCGCGAAGAAGGAAAAAGACGUUUUCUGCGUCAAGGAUAACUGGAUCGCGUAGCGGGGUUGCGUGGUAUUCUUCCACCAAGCGAGUGCUCUUGUGGAAUGCAAGAAGGAUCGAGGAUCUCGGCGGCUGUAAUUGAAAGCUGGGGAGACACGUGAGGUUGCCGACAGCUGAAUCGAUAGAGGGUGUGUGUGCUGCUGUUUCGGCAUCUCAGCCUGUGCCUUGGUAGUUUCGACUUCUGCUGUGGGGGGAGUGGCCGCUUCAUCGUUUGUGACUCUUUUGCAUGCAGGCGUUUUGACAGACUUUCGUGCAUGUCGUGCUUUCUCGCCGACGGCUCGUCGCGAGUAGCGGUGCAGAAACUGGGAAACAGAUAGGAUAAGUGUCAAACGAGCGAUCGAGAGCUGCAACAACACUGACGAAAGAUGCAGCAGAAAAGGAAACAGCCAAAAACGCAGAAGCACACGCUCUACCUCGGGCGAGGCGGUUGUCGCCAACGAGACAGAUUAGGAGUCAUUUCGCUGUGGAAACACGAAAGGAGCGCAUAGUUUCUCGGUUUAUCCAAAUAGCGGCUUUUUCGCAACUUCCGAGAACAAGAAAGGAGUUCAGAGAUGGUCAACACCGAAACGACACAAUUCGUCCGCCGGCUUUCUCUCCACGAGUCACAUGUAGGAAUGCGUACGCGGAUAUCUGCCUACGUCCGUGGGCUAAUGGUAAGCAUACGAAAGAAGGCGUUGGAUGUCGUAUGGGCGUCUGCGUAACCAGCGCCCCGACACUGCAGCCAUCCUUGCCGCUUUACGGUUUGUCGGUCCAUUGUUUCUCCAACAGGGUUUCCUUCGUUUCAGCAUCUGCCCCGACCGCGAGACACACAUAUGGCACAGUUUUAGAUCCGGAUGGUCGCACUUGUUCGUCGAAUUGAAGUUCUCUUGGUGGCACCCGUCCGCGUGUUCGACAAUCCACGCGUACACAAACGCGUUCAUCCAGUAACCAAACAGUCAGGAAUUGUUCUGGUAUGUUGGCUGUUCGUUUCACGGACAAAUCCUUUGUUUGUUCUUGUGGGAAGGCGCGGCGGAGCUUGCGUUCUGUGUAAUGUCCCGUUAUUGUAUGCAGAUGACAUGGUUCCUCGACAUGUAUGGUCAACGUGACGGCGAGAAGGGAAGUCUGCUACAAAGAAAGGGAACGCUCAGCCGGGAAGUUCGCGUCUAACAUGAAUAACGGAAAAUCGACUGAGUAGAGGCCUCUAUCUUGCCAGAGGGACAGCAGCAGAACCCACCGUAGGAGAGUGGAUAUUUUAGCCACGGGGACAAAUGGAAAUCCAGGAGACGGUAUUUUGACCCAGUGAGAAACGCAGUGUCGCUGGAAUUUCAAAAUGACAGGCGGCCACUGUUACUACCUGAACCAGAACUUGCAAGAUGCUAGAGGAUCUGGAAUCUUUUUUCUGCGUCUGU